UUCCGGGCGGCGAGGCGCGGCGGCCGCCAUCUUGGGCGGCUGAGGCGAAGCGCGGAGGCGAGGGGCCUGCCGUGUUCCCGCCCGCGUCCGGCCAUGGCGGGGCAGUUCGACGCGGAGGACCAGGGCGGGUGGUACUGGGGGCGGCUGAGCCGGGCGGAGGCGGUAGCGCUGCUCCAGGGACAGCGCCACGGCACCUUCCUCGUCCGCGACUCCGGCACCAUCCCGGGCGACUUCGUCCUCUCCGUCUCCGAGAGCUCCCGCGUCUCCCACUACAUCGUCAACAGCCAAGCCGGAGGGGGCGGGCCUCCGGGCCUGAACCCUUCCCGAUUCCGGAUUGGGGACCAGGAGUUUGACUCCCUGCCGUCUCUGCUGGAGUUCUACAAGAUCCACUACCUGGACACUACCACCCUGAUCGAGCCGGUCUCCAAGGCCAAGCACCGCGGGAGCGGAGACCUGCAGCAGCCGAGAGCCGAGGAGGAAGCGGAGUUCGUUCGCGCCCUCUUUGACUUUCAGGGCAACGACGAGGAAGACCUGCCCUUCAAGAAGGGGGACAUCCUGCGGAUCCGGGAGAAGCCCGAGGAGCAGUGGUGGAAUGCGGAGGACGGCGAGGGCCGGCGAGGCAUGAUCCCGGUGCCCUAUGUGGAGAAGUGCCGCCCGGCCCCUCACCCCAUCGUAGGUGGGGCCCCGGAGGGCGGCUCGGCCCCACAGAUGCAGCCGCCAUUGCCCCCUCUGGGAGGGAUGGAGCCCGGUCCGUACGCCCAGCCCAGCGUCGUCAACACCCCGCUCCCCAACCUCCAGAACGGCCCCAUUUUCGCCCGGGUGAUCCAGAAGCGGGUCCCCAACGCCUAUGACAAGACAGCCCUGGCUUUGGAGGUGGGGGAGCUGGUCAAGGUGACCAAGAUCAACAUGAGCGGCCAGUGGGAAGGCGAGUGCGGGGCCCGGCGGGGCCACUUCCCCUUCACACACGUCCGGCUCCUCGACCAGCAGAACCCCGAGGAGGACUUCAGUUGAGCUUGGUCCAAGCCGGGCUCCAUUGAGCCUCCUCCUCCUCCUCCGUUUCGGACGGGCAACACACCCUGCGACGGACGCCAUCAAGGAGAGAGAGACUGUCAGAAGACGCAGGCCUCGUUCCCGCAAUAACCCCAAUCUUGGUGGGCCUGGGACCCCGCAAUUCAAGGAGGGUACGACGGAGGGGAGGGGAGCCCCGCCGGCCGCUGCCCAGUCCCCCGCUUUUGAGUCUGGCUCUGCCUUGUCCCUUCCGGGCCAUGACUCCUUGUAGAGCGAGUCAACGGCGGGCUUCCCUUGGGCGGAACCACGACCCUUUGAAUGUGCCGAGGCCAAAUGCAGAAAAGAGGGGGGCCCUGACCGACCCACCGACCUUCGCCUCCGGAACAAGAAUGAUAGCAAGUAGCCGCAUUACCUUCAGAGAUAUAGCUCUUAAUACCUAUAACAUAUGAGUGGGACUCUGGGCCUCCCUCCGUAGACCGAUCUCCGUUGCCUUUCUGUCCCUUUUAGCAGGAAGGGGGUUAUGGGCCCGGCUUGGAACCCAUUACACUCCAGAGCUUCUAACCCUCUCCUUCGGUACUCCCCUCAGCAAUGGGAGUACGGCUUUCGUAUAUCCACCUCUGACAAAAUAUAAUCCUCUCUGGGCCUUGUCUUGGUCCUUGUAGCACGUCUCUAUGGGACUCUUGAUGUCAGUUUGGGUUCACAAUGUAUCCGAAUCCCCCCCCUCCCGUGGAAAUGUGGUCCCGCUUCCCCCUCCCUGCUAUUUGGGACAGACCUCUUUCCAUCUGUAACGCCUUCAAGAAAUGGAUUCGGAAAGAUCUUAUUUUUUAAUAAACUAAUAAUGGAAAGACUCCAAAUGCUUCCGGGCUGGUUUUGAGGCAUUCGAGGAUCAGCAAGGAUUGAACAUUUUGAUACCUUCCGUUGUUAUUGUUUGUAUCCUGCUUUGAUCUCCCCCAAAAAGAGACCAAAGCAGCUCCAAAUAAAGCCAGUUCCAAAACCUAAAAGUAUACACACAUGAAAACAGCAUUAAAUAUUAACAAUAUUAAAAAAUAAACAUUAUUAUUACUAUUA